GCGCCCGCCCCAACGGUCCCAACCGCCGCGCGCCGCCCUCAGGCAGGCGUGCCCCGGCCGCGGGCGGCGGCGCGCACGCAGCGGUACGCAGGCGGCGGCGCGCACGUCGCUGGGCGGCGGGCUCCUCCCCGCUGCUGACACCCGGUGGCGGCGGCGGCGGCGGCGGCGGCGGGGCCCGGGCGGCGGGGCCGGGCUACGGGUUUAUGGCGGCGGCGCUGUCCGCCCUGGCUGCCAGGCUCUCCCAGUCGGCCGCGGCUAGGUCUUACGGCGUGUUCUGCAAGGGGCUGACCAGGACCCUCCUCAUCUUCUUCGACCUGGCCUGGAAGCUCCGCAUCAACUUCCCGUACCUUUACAUCGUCGCCUCCAUGAUGCUCAACGUGCGGCUGCAGGUCCAUAUUGAGAUCCACUGACUUGUCACUUGUUAUGCUGCUUGCACUCUAUGCUGCAACUACAGUCAGUCACGUUCUUCUUCAAGCUCGUUCUGCUGUGAAACAGCAAAGCUAUGUUUGUCUUCUAUAGGAAUAUGAAGGAAGAAGAUUUAAACCCAGGAAGAGUAUUUGACAGUGGCCCAGGUCAUCACAAGGCUGCAGCUCACCUGACAUGUGUACAUUCCAUGUUGAACAACUCUCAGAAUCAUAGUAGCAGUUUACAAAAAGAAUUAUUUUAUUUUAACAUCAGGAAUUGUUAUCUCUUUGUUAAUAUACCUCCGCCUUAUGUUGGCAAAGAAAUGCCUCUGAGUUUGAGUGAAUCAGCAGGGAGAAACUCAAGUCCAGCAGUUCCUUGGAAAGAUUCAUUUUGUCUGUGUUUUUCUUCUGGGGAAGCCAGGCUUGAUGGGAUUUCUCACUGUGCUAAUAUUUCAGUAAUGGGCUGGCUGGAGAAAGCUCGUAGUUUUGCUGCAGACUUCAGCUUAAGCUGCCCAGGAGAUAACUUUGUAUGUUUUGCACACACAUGGCUGGGAAAGUUGCAGUGUAAUCAAGAACUGCAGUUUCUGGAAUUAGAAGUGAGCAGCAGCAUAGAGAAUGAAUUGCAGCUUGCACUUCUUGAAGAGCUGGAGUUUGGUGGGCUUACUGAUCUCUACUCUGUUCCAGUUGCUUCACUGAAUGAUUAUGCUAUGGGACUCUUAAACAACCAGAAAUCGUGUAUUUUUCUUUGUUACUUAAGCCCUGUUACUUCAGAGCAACCACUUGGAUAUAAGACAAUACUUUCAAGUGUACAAUAUGUGACUACCAGUUUUCACAUCAUACAGCUAGUAAUAUCUGUCCUAGCUUUUGCAUUAGCAGGUCUCUGGUAUGCAGUAGUGAGGGUAAAAACAUACUAAUAUUUUAAUAGUUACUAUUUUUAACGUUAAUAGAAACUGAAUUGAUUAAAUUGGAGACAAGGUUGCAGUUCAGGUUUUAGUGAUAGACAGCUGAAGUAAAAAUUAAACUUGUGUAGUUGCUGGUAAAACUGGCUGUUGAAAUAAGAGGCUUUUUUUUUUUUUAAGUACAGAAUAUCUGCCUCUGAUUGGAACGAACUUAAUCUCAACGCUUUCUGGGACUUCUGCAGGUGUCCUGUUAACACUAGACUAGAACUCAAGUUGACUGCUUAGCACAGAUCCUUUUGUUUUCUUAAGGGUUUGUAUUUGCUGAGUAUUUUGACUACUGUUUACAACCAUUUCCAAUGAAACUACUGCUUGUAGAAUUGAAUUCCCAGUGUGACAUCAACCAUAACUAAUGUAUCAGUCCUCAAAACACUUUGAAUCAGAAAGCUCUUGGGGUGAUGGUCUUCAAUACGGCCUAAUUCUCAGCAGCGUUCCUUUUCAAGGGUGAUAAUGCUCUAACUUAAGCAGGAUCUCAUGAGUUUUAUUGGGCUACAAUAGACACACUAUAAAUAAUUUUUUAAAAGAACGUUUUAUUUCCUUGAAAUAGUGAUUGUUAUCACUGAGGCAUAAUAAUCAUUUCUGGGCCUGUUGACUUUGGCUUUGGGACAGACUUCUGACAACAGGGUUUGGCAAACAAUGGAGCAAGCAUGUUGAAAUCAAUAGAGCUGUUUGUGAAUAAGAAAUUGUAGGAAUACGAUCCUCUGGACACGUAGAUAGAGAAACUCUUUGUGUAGUAGGUCAAAAUUUGAACUUAGUGUCCAAAAUUCUCAACAACUGAGUUAGUAUAGAUAGGCUUAGUGCGCUCUGUGGACUUCCCUGAAGAGGGAGGUAUUGAUGUGAUGGGUUAGGAUAUGUCUUCAGCUAACUCUUCAGUCUGAGUUAAAAGUGAGGAUUUAAUGCGGAGUAAACUCGUGCCAGUGGCUGACACAUUACAUCAUUUUUACUAUCUAGCUUACUUCACUUUGGAAAGGGAGUAAGUAAUGAUGUUGCAUUCAGUUUGAAUUGUAUUGACCAGGAAAGCUAGUUGUGUUUCUAAUGUUUGCUUGGGUGUUGGUAUACUAGCAUAGAGAAGUCCGUGAUUAUGAAGAUGAGAUGUUGGUUAGCAGUGUUAUGGGGUGAGAUAUUGGAGGAUAUAUUGUUUUCUAAGCCUUACUUGAGUGCCAAAAGUAAGGUAUACUACUUCUUGUGUUAGAUGGCAUGUUGUGCUUUUAUUAUCCCAACUGGUUGACUAUUUCUUCUGGAUGUUAGAAGAGAUAAAAAGCCAUUUGCUUUAAUUUAAAAAAUAACUUUUUCCCUGGUGUGUAUUUUUAUUAAUUGUUAAAGUUCUAGACUUUUUACUACAUGGCACAAAACUACAGAAACUUCAAAAUAGUAUCUUAAGUAAUUAUUUUGACAGUAAUAGUUUCCUUCUCGUCAAGCCGUUCACACUUUUCUCUCCCAUCUUCACUACUGCAGUUUAUCACUCUUGCAUCGGUAGUAACGCAAGCAUUUAUGGAUCAAGAUUUUUGAGGUAACGUGGUUCCCCAAAACACAAGAAACAAAGACAUUUCCCCAGAAGUCUGUGGCUUAUUUGGGUUAUGGUGUGAACUGUUGUCUGUACACAGUUUAACCCUGCUGUAUGUUUAACAGCUGGCAGAGCUGCGGGUACAGGAUUGAAGGUGGAGGUUGGGGCUGGAGCAUGUUUAAGCUGGCUUGAUUGCUUAAAAAAAAUGUGCAACUGCAUCUUUAAUUUCUAUAAAUAGCUACACAGGUAAAGAAAUACCAUCUUCCUGUAUGAUGAGGUUUGUUAGUUUGUUUUCAAAGUUGCACUCAAACGUAGUCCUGAAUCCACAACUGAUCGCUUUGAACUUCCUAUUUAGAGAAUCUGUUGGUGUGGUUGUACCUGUAUUUGCCUAGAACCCCAUCUGUUCAGAUGAAGAGCAUGGCCUGGAAGAUUCUCUUCCCUUUCAUACAUCAUUUGGGAACCACAUAUUUUGGGAACCAUUCGUAUAUUAAAGAAAAGCUUGUAAGUAGUAUUGUCAUGUUAACAGGUGAGAGGAGUUGCUGAAGGCAUGAAAUUACUAAUCCAGUUUUUCACACACUGACUCUUAAUGGUGAUUCAAAAAAAGAAGAGGAAAAAUGAGAGAAACCACCGGUUAAUUAGAAUUUAACUGUGUGUACAGUGUGGUGCCAAGAGCUGUCUCAUUGAUAAGCCUGUGCAGGUGGGAAUCUUGGAAUGUUGAAACAUACCAUGUAUCACAGUCCAGGUAACAUAGUCCUGUUUCAAGCAAAAUUUGCAUUGAGUGGCCUUUAAUUACUUAUUACAGGAUCACUUUAAAUACAGAUACAAUACAGUUAAGUGACAUGCUAUUUUUUGUGUAUUAUAUGUAUAUUGAAUAUAAGACUUAAAGAAUGUCUUAAGUGAGUGGAUUUAAUCCAUUUUUAAGAUAGCUUAUGUACUUUGCCUUGGAUUUUAUUGCUUAAAGCCUAAAAGGUAACUUUCUAACUUGAACAUUCCUUUUGAAACUCAAAUAAAGGAUGGUUGGUAUACUGAAAUCUCAUGUAAUAUACUGCACUUUAAGCAUGGGGAGGCCAGAAAUGGGAAACACUAUUCUUGCACUAAUAGAACUGUUUGACUAGCAGAGACAAUGCUCAGAUGGCUUUUUUUCUUCUCUAGUGGGAGAAUAGUAAACCAAAAGGGUGUCAAUCCUUUGAAACUACAUAUAAAUCAAACACAAUAUAUGGUUUAGGCCACGGUUCUCUCCACAAAUGUUUUGUUAUCAACUCAUCUCAAAAGAUAGAAAAUGUCUCUGCUUAGAACCAGUUUGUAUGGAAUUUUGUGGUCUCUAAGUUCUAUAUGGAAAUUGCUUUUCUGAAUAAAUGUGUUGUUAGGGUUGAGAAUGUUUUUUGGAUGAUUUAUUAUAGUACAGAAAAAUAACUUUUAAUAGGAGCAAGGGAUCUUUUAACUGAACCGGGAGUUGCCUUCUUAUUUCCAGUUCUUCUUAAAUCCUGCUAUUCUACUGCUGCUGAAGAGGGGUAUUUCUAUUAAACAAUUCUUGCUUUUUAAGAUUUCAUUGACCAGUGUCCAGAUCCCUCCUGUACUACAUAGGAAACUUGUGUUUCUGCCAUUAGAAAACAACGAAAAUACUCAAUAUGUAGAGAAUUGCCUAAUAGUUUCCCACAUACAUACACUUAAGUGGAAAUUUACUAUAUGGUGUACUGCUUUAAAAAAAAAAAAAAAAAAAAGGAAAAUAUACUUUUAAAUGUAUGUACACAGAGCUCUGCAUGUGGGUAAAAAUGUAUUAUCACAGUAUGAUGUUGGAAUGCUUAUGCAAACUAUUAUUUACUUCUUGACAUUACAAUGCAAAAUUCAGUAGAGAUGUUGUAAUUCGCAGUGUGGUACUAGCUAGUGCAAUCUUAGAAACUACUUGUAUGCAUUGUCAUGCACCAUGAGACAGUUUUAACUGUAGACAGUUUUUAGCCUCUUGCUUUUUUUUUUUUUAAACAACUGUAAAGGUGGCUCUUUCUUAAACUUUGCGAAAGCUUGCUUUUUUUUCCUCCUUUGCCCCUCCUUAAGAAGUGUGUGUAUACCUAUAUUAAAAGUAUACAUUCUUUUAUUUUUUGGAAGAAGCAAGUUUUUACUGACUUCCCCAAUAUAUCAGCUUAUUGUCAAGUUGUUCCUUUUGUUUUUAAUUAUGGCCUGAUCCUACUUAUGUUUUCCUUCUCUUCCCUCCACAUAAUUUCUCAGCAUAAGCAUAUGCUGAAAUUGUGUAAUUUCAGAAAUGCUCUCCUGUAAUGCAUAACAAACUGACAGUAACCACAUCAAGAUGUAAGGAUCCAUAGUCUGUCAUGGGUGUAUGACUAGUGGUAUAUCUG